AUGCCUUUUACAUCCAUUCCAAUUUCAGACGUCAGUCGCCAUCCUCUCCAGCUUGUACAUGUAACGCAUCAUUUGCACUCUCCAACGCAGCAUUCAUACACGGAGAGAAUUCAUCCCCAUUUUGUAAAAAUUGGCCAAUACAGUCUCACACAUGAUUUCUCUCAACCUUGUUUCCACACUUUCACUUCAUACAUUAUCACAUCCAUAAGACGUGUUUAUGACCAUUGUGAACCCUUCCUCCAGUUUCUUUACAUGCAGUUUCAUCAGGGUCUCUUACCGCUACACGAAGCGGUUCAUCAUUAA